AUGGCGGACAAGGGCGAGGUCAUCUCUGACAAGGAGGCCUAUGAGAACCUCCGCAAGAGCAUGAACUAUGCGCUCGUACGGAAUUGCGACAUGAACGACGAGAUGCGGCAGGAUUCUGUCGAUAUUGUCAUCACCGCGUGCGAAAAGUUCCAGGGAGACUAUGAGGCGGCGGCGCGGCUCGUCAAGGAGACGAUGGACAAGAAGUACAACGAGUCGUGGGUUGUCGUGAUCGGGGAGGGGUUCACAUUUGAGGUGAAGCAUGUGCUGUGGAUGUUUCUCAACCAGACCGCUGUGCUGUGCUACAAGGCGGGCGCGAGGCAGGCGGGCGCGUGA